GCUGCUGCGGCUGGUCUUCGGCUGUGGCCCAACCCGAGUUUACUGCCUGAUAAUUGGUUUUUUCGAGCUCUCUUUUUGUUUUGAUUCGUCGUCGCUAAAAUCGAAAUCUGAAUAGAGCUGGAAGUGUGGAAGUAAGAUAUGCAUGCUGGCUCGGAGAUUGAACCAAUUUAUUUCAAUUUCGCACUUGGACGGGCGACGUUGUGUUACUGGUUUCCCAAUUUCUUGACUUGUAUCGUUCGAAAUGCGGCGCCUGAAAAUCGUCGCAAUCUUAUUCUGCAUCCUGUGUUUGAGUGUGGAUCGCAGGGCCUACGCCUGCCACUGCAUCCGCCUGGGGAAAUGUGCCCCCUUUGCCCGCCUUCUACUUCACCAUGGGCCCGGAGAACAGUCCGCAGUGUUCGCCAAGGUGCACAGCGCCAGUUGUGGCUUCCAAGGCCUCGAGCCGCUCGUCUGCUGUCCGACUUCUCGCAAGCAAAACCACGAUGAGUCAUCCUCCGUCAAAGCAAGUCGAAAGAUGCGCUUUGCUUCGCCGAAUGAUCGUUGGAUUUGGGAUGAUGGGGAUAGUGACAAGGGCAGCCGGCACACACACGGGGAUUAUCUGGAAGCGGAGACCAAUCUGCACGACUACUGGAACUUCGAGGAGCAACGCAAUUGUCCCCCGCCCGUGGAACCAGAGUUCUUCGACCGGCGGUUUGGCUUGGGACACCACUUUCUGUAUCAUGUGGAGCACGAAGAACGAGAUACAUUACUGCGACCCCUGCCAAAAGAUAAGCCCAUAGUAUUUCCCGGGGACCUACGCUUCCUGCGGCAGGGAGAGGAGGCAAUUGACUCCAACAUAGAUCAAGGUCCGCCCCUGGCGCCGUUUACCACAACAUUAGCUACACCAAUUGAAACAGUUCCUGCUUCUUCAUCCACAACAACCACAUUGAUGCCACCUUUCACACAGGAGAACACUCAAGGAUGCGGGAUAAAUGUAGAGAGCCGACUGCUGGGAGGAGAGCAGGCCAGUGCCGGACAGUUUCCCUGGCUGACCAGGAUCGCCUAUCGCAACCGAAGCAGCAGCCGCAUUAGCUUUCGCUGCUCCGGAUCCCUGAUCUCUAGCAACCACAUCGUAACUGCCGCCCACUGUGUGGUCAACCUAGUCAGCGAUUUGGAACUGUCCCAUGUUCGAUUGGGAAGUCAGGAUGGGGCGAUUCCGUUUGCCAUCGAGCAGGUUAUAGUUCAUCCCAACUACGACCAGCCCAAGUAUGCAAAUGACAUUGCCCUCCUACGAAUCAACAGCACUAAUGGCACCUUCACGCCCAUAUGCUUACCCUUAAACGGACCAAUCACACUGGGAAACAGGUUGAUAGGACAGAUUGGAGUGGCUGCUGGUUGGAGUAUUGGGAAUACUGAAAGUAACAGUUCGAUAGACCCAUCAAAUUCCACCGCAGGGGUGCGCUUCAUCCGUUUGCCCAUCGUGAACACCACCAGUUGCGCCAUCGCCUAUGCCAGUCUCAGUGAGAACUUCCAGCAGCCCAUUGUGAUUACUCCCAACCACCUGUGCGCCCAGGGGAUGCCCAUGAAUGACGUGUGCCGAGGCGAUAGUGGCGGCCCCUUUAUGGACGACGGUACCUCCGGCGUCUUUGGAACAAGUGGACGUUAUACGAUCAUCGGCAUCGUUGCCUUUGGACCGACGCUGUGCGGCGUGACCACCAUUCCGGGGGUCUACACCCUGGUGAGUAGCUUCUCCGAUUGGAUACUGCGGAGCAUCGGCGGAUGAUCUGACCAGUGAGUGGUCGUGUUGGGAACCCGUCCCAAGCUAAGUACAUCCAAAGCUUCCAAUGCCAAAGUCAUCAGAAUACAUCCACGUGAGGUGCAAUGAAUCAUACAUUCUACGGAUAAAUACAAAAAUUCGGUUCCACUUCAAAUCACCUAAAUUUCAAUAAAAUAAAAACAAUAUUCUUUUUACACGAAUACAAGAAUCAGAGGUUAACAUAUUAUUUUUUCAUUAAUUGCUUUUGACUACUGGUCUUAAUUAAAAACGUUAAUAGACGGCGAAGAAGGUAUAAUUAUCUUAUAAGAGUUCUUAACUUAUCGCUUAAAGAAUUAUAAUUGUUUUAACGCCUCAUUUCAAAUUGAUUACUUCCUCAAACAAUUUGGAAGCGAGAAUGAAAUAUGUGAUUUCUGAAGUUAUUUAGCUGCAGGAUGAUUAUAUCUAAAAAUACAUAAUUAGGUAUUUAAUGUUCCUAUUUCGCGAUCCAAUCUUGCGUGUAAAUUAUUUUUUAUUUUAUUUACAAUUUUACAAAUUUGUUUGAAAGAUACAAAUAUAGCUUGCUUGCAGUAAACAAUUUUGGUUCCAAGUUUUUCCAAUAAUGGCAAGGCUGGUUUUGUCCACAAAUUGUUGUUCUUAAACACCCCUUCAUUCGCCGAAGUAAAACGAUUGUUUUGGCAAAUAAUUUAUUAAAUUGCAUUAGUUGUAAUCCUUUAUUCCUAGAAUAGCAUCAUUACUUUUGCUUACUUUACUUAACGUAUAAUGAAGCUGCAAUAGAAACAGGAAGUAGAACAUUGAAACAAAUGUAUCUGAGCUGAUAAAUACGAUAUAAUUUUUAAAUGUAAUCACCGCAUUGUAAUUUAUUUGCUUAAGAUCUGGUUUCUGUAGUAUAAAUUAAAGUUUCAUAAAUAGGUUUUAUAAAUUGAAACCCAAUUGCCCUA